UGUCACUCAACCAUUAAAGAAUAAUCAUUCUCGCCCAAUUUGUGAACUCCGCGUUCUCCACCGUCUUAUUAUUCUUCAAUCUUAUUCGAGAACGGUGCCGCCGGAAUUAAAAUCGUACCGCCACCAAAUCAUCGACCAAGCCGUCCGCUGAUGAACUUGUGCUUGAGAUGCUCCUGGACUUGCGUGAAUUGCAUCAUAAACAAUAAUUUAAGGAUCAGAAAGCAUUAAUCUGAACUUACGGAUUUUGGCGGUGUUUUUUCACUUGAUAAACUUGAUGUCUAUUAGAAGACCCCCAUUCCCUCGACUCCUCCUUAACAAUGUCUCUUGCAUGAGAAAUGCCCAACAAAUUCUGUCUCAUGUGAAUGUCUCUCUUCAUGAUGGAGGGGCACUUGUCCUAACAGGUGCAAAUGGGUCAGGAAAGACAACUUUUAUGCGCAUGCUAGCUGGGUUUUCUCGUCCUUCUGCCGGCGAAAUCCUUUGGAAUGGCCAUGAUAUUCAAAAAUCUUUGAUCUUCCAACAGUAUAAGCUUCAGCUUAACUGGGUCUCCCUCAAGAACGCAAUUAAAGAAAAGUUCACUGUUCUAGAAAACAUUCAGUGGUUUGAACUUCUUGAAGGCAAACAAGGGAAAGCCAUGCCUGCACUUGAGUUGAUGGGACUAGGAAGAUUGGCUAAGGAAAAACCAAAGAUGCUUUCAAGUGGCCAGCAGAGAAGAUUGCAACUUGCCAGACUGCUCGCAAUUGAUCGCCCCAUAUGGUUGCUAGACGAGCCUUCAGUUGCAUUAGAUGAUGAAGGUGUAAAGUUACUCGAGUACAUUAUUGCAGAACACAGGAAACAGGGAGGAAUCGUGAUUGUGGCGACUCAUCUACCCAUUGAGAUAGAAGAUUCCAUGGUCUUGAGGCUGCCACCAAGGUUUCCAAGGAGGAUGACAUUAGAGGAUAUGCUUGGCCGCAUGGAUAUUAGUUAAUUCUUAUCUUUUUUUAUAUUUUACAUCAAGACAGAAUUAAUUCGAUAGCUAGGUCAUUGGUGACAUUUCAUUUACAGAAUCGUCUAUUUAGUUUUCUUUGAAAUAUAGUCUUUUUGAAGUACUGUCUUACUGGUCAUGCUUGUAGAAUUGCAGCCUGAUGCCUAUGUUCUUGUAUCAUAAAAUAUUUUUGUAUUGUAUUCUGCUAAGAAUAAGAUAAACUUGUAUCUGCCAAAUUGAAUAAAAUUAAACAAAGUGUUUGUUACAGUA